AUGUCCUCGCCGUUGUCCCUGGUCUACGGACCACGCUCUCCUCCUCUAUGGAACAAGACACUGGCAGAUCUGAUCCAUGAGCAGGAGUCCAACGCCUUGUUGGCCAAGGCUCUACUUGGCGGAGGCUUCAAGCGCGGUGACUGCGUGGGCAUCAUGGCUGGGAAUUGUUACCAGUACAUCGAGGUAUUCCUUGGGGCCGGGCGCAUCGGCUGUCCCGUCGCUGUCUUUAACAAUACAUUUUCGCCUCGAGAAUUGAAGGCAAUGAUCGAGCGCACCGGUUGCAAGAUGAUCUUCAUGGCCCCAGAGGUUGGCAACAGAAGCCUGGAGGGCCACCUGCGGAUGAUUCUGGACGCCCCCCGAGGAGAGCUUCCGGUUCGUCUGUUGGUUCUUCUGGCAGACAUUCUGCCUCCCGUGACAGUCGCCAAAUGCCAGACAUACAACGAGUAUAUGGCUUCCAUAGAGGCUGGUUUUGUGAGCGACUCCAUCUUGAGUCGGGCCGAGAGCAGGGUGGCGCCUUCGGACGUUGUGAACUUCUCGUUCACAUCAGGCUUCCUGACAUCAUUCUGCAACGGUAGCAAGAUUGUAUUUCCAGCCCCGACAUUCGACGCAGGCGCGGCUGUCAACGCCCUGGUUCAGGAAAAGACAACAGUACUGCUCGGCGUGCCGUCCAUGCUCCUGGCUAUGCUCGAGGAACUACAAAAGACACCCCAGAGGCGUGUCGAGACGGUUCGCACCGGGAUGUGUGGGGGCUCGGCAGUCUCCCCGGUCCUGAUACGCCGGCUGGAGCAGGAGAUGGGCCUCCCGCACAUGCUUUCCGCGUACGGCAUGACCGAGACCGGGCCAGUAACCUUCGCCACCUCGGUUGAGGACACCCGCAACAAUAUCCUCGGCACGGUGGGCCAGGUGCUUCCGCACUUUGCCGCCAAAGUGGUGGAUGGCGAGGAUAACAUCGUGCCGCGUGGGACGCGGGGCCAUAUCUGCACGAGCGGGUAUGGGCUGCAGCGAGGCUAUUGGAGGGACGAGGCCCAAACAGCACAGGCUAUGAGGUCAGACGCGGACGGGGUAAGGUGGAUGUAUACCGGCGACGAAGGCUUUCUUGAUCAGGCCGGAUAUAUGCACAUCACUGGCCGUAUCAAGGACAUAAUCAUUCGAGGUGGUGAGAACAUCUCACCUAUCGAGAUCGAGGACCGCCUGCUCGAACACCCCAGCGUCAGGGAAUGCUGUGUGGUAGGCCUGGAGGAUUCCCUGUACGGCGAAGUGGUGUCCUGCUUCCUGGGAGGUGCUGGGGGGAUGCGGCCGGCUGACCAGGAGAUACGAUCCUGGGUCACGGCGGAAAUGGACUACCACAAGGCUCCUCGUUACAUCUUCUGGCUCGGAGAAUCGGACGUUGGCGAGGAACUGCCCAAGACUGGCAGUGGCAAGUAUCAGAAGCAUUUGAUACGCGCUAAGGGUAAUGCGCUGGUGAAGAGUCGUAAUGUCCGGCCGAAGCUAUGA